UUUUAUAUUUGAUCUUUGACUGUAGAUAAAUUUCGUAGAGCCCGGUUAUCUCUCAUUCAUCGAAUAGGAAAAUGGCGUCUUAUACUAUUGCACGUCUUUUAUCGAGAAAUACCGGUGUCUUAAGGAAUUCAGUCGCUCGAUUACAUUUAUGUGGAGUUAGCGGACAACUUACGUGUUAUGAAAAAUUCCUUAAUCGUUCAAGACAAAAUGUCGUACCACAUAUAUCGCAGGAUAUAGAAGAGCUACGAGUCAAGCAGGUGCGCCUCUACAGCUCCAAGCCUCCAUUAACACUCGAUAUAAUUCGUCAGCGGGUGCUUUUAUUACUCAAUUUGUACGAUAAAAUUGAUCCCAAGAAGUUAUGCUUGGAAUCUCAUUUUAUAAAUGACUUGGGCCUUGACUCCUUGGAUCAUGUAGAGGUUAUUAUGGCUGUAGAAGAUGAAUUUGGAUUUGAGAUUCCCGAUAUGGAUGCAGAAAAAUUAUUGACGCCUGGACAUAUAGUGCGUUAUGUUGCAGAUAGAGAGGAUAUUUAUGAGUAAUAGAAUAUAUUUAUGAGAUUACAUUAGUAACUACUCAUCAUUAUUUGUUAGAACAGGUAACAAUCGCAAAAUCUUUUUAUGGUUGCUCGGAGAGUAAUCGAAAUACCUGUUUUUUCUGUAUAUAGGCCAAUGAUCAUUAAAUAAAUAAGAUAAUCUAA